UUGAAAUAAUAUAACAAAAAUGAUCAAAAACAUGAUUUUAAGAGGUCCUCGGUUUCCAUGGGAACAUCACGAUUGCUAUGUUACUGACGGCUAACACGCAGAAGAGUUAGAGUUGGUUUAAAACUAGAUAAUAACAAGAUGAAUAAAGAACAAAAUGACACCGAAGAUCCAGAAAUGAGUCCCGUGAUAGAUGUAGAAGUGUAUGAGAGUGACGAGACGUUUGUUCAGUAUCUAAACGAGUUUAUCGAGAAAGAGAAGAAGUACCUGCAAUGUCCAGAGGAGGGCACUGAUGAGCUGCGAUACAUAGUCUACCGCUCCGCGUUCAACAAGGUGAUUGGUCGAGCCUCGGCCUAUAGGAGGCUCCUGCUGGACAUAAAGUCAGAGUACGACGGCGUCAUCAGGGAGAUGAAGAGGAGGGAGGAGGAAGCUGCGGCGUCCCGCCUGCAGUCCCUGCUGGGUUACGCGGCUCACAUCACUGACAGAACCUCGGUCCUCCAGAACCAGACAGCAGAACUUCAGCAGGAGGUCCGGAGGCAGAAGGCCACCACCCAGAACCUGCUGAUACCAGGUCUGACCGUGGCCCAGACCGAAGACCCCGAGGUUCUGCUGAUCCAUCUGGACCACCUGAAGACCCGGAGAGACGGCCUGCUGGACCGGAAGAUCCUGUGUGGUCCUGUGGAGGUCCAGACCCAGCUGACCUUUGACCUGCAAGAGGCCCAGCUCCACAGAGACCACCUGAGGGCCCAGAACCAGCAGCUGAUGAUCCGGUUCCGGCGCCUGAAGCUGCUGGGUCAGCGUCUGACGGUCUGGGAGGAAUCAGGUCAGACGGUUCCGCUGGAGGAGCUGCUGGGUUCUGUCAUCCAGAACCUCCAGGAGAUCGGACCCGAUCUGCAAGACGAAAGUUCGACUUCACAAUCUGGAGGUGAACUGAUGGUUAUGGUGUCAGCGGGUUCUGGUUCUGGACGUGAUCCACCAGAACCUUUCAGAACCUUUGCUGUCCGUCCUGCAGGCGGUGAUGAAGAGUCGUUCCGCAUCCCAGCUGAGCUGCUGGAGGAAGAGGAACCAACCGGGCUGGACGAGUCCAAACUGCUGAGGAACCACCUGGACAGGUUCCUGGACCUGCUCCGGUCCUCCCAGUACGAGGCGGCGGCCCUCCACGCGGCCCGGUCGCCGGUCCUGAGGGACUCGGAAACCAUGGAGAUGUUCCGAGGAGUUCGGGUCCCGCCGGGCUCCACCCCCCCACAGCUGCUGUUCUUCCGGGCGCUGCUGGUUACCGCGGCGACGGGCAGCCAGCUGUCUGCGGUGCUGUCGCUAAGGGGCGUGGCCUCGGCGCUGCAGCACGGAGACGUGCAGCUCAUCGCUAACGCCGUCACGCUCAGCAAGCUGACCUUCACUGAGGCUGUGGGCGACGCGCUCACUGAGCAUGCUCAGAGGACCGGGGGCGUGGCCGACCUCUGCCUGGCUCUGGCCUCCGCCAUCUACCAGGCCUGCAGCCACCACCAGAAGACCGCACUGAGCAUGUGCAGAAGAGGCCUGGUGCACGGCGCCGCCGAGGUCAUCAAGAAGAAGCAGCUCACCACAGAGGAGAGCCUGUGGGUUCUGUCCCAUGCGCCCAGCCUGACCCUCCUCCAGCUGCUGACCAAAGCAGACGACAAUGGGGAGGCGGCCAUCUUGUCUGUGGGCGGGACCUUUGCCUCCAUGCUGGCGGACUUCCACCAGUACCGGCUGGCUCUGGAGCUUCUGGAAGGGUUCCUGAAGAGAGGUCCAGACGUGCUGGCGAUGGCCAUGUUGGAGGACAGCAGCUGCUCAGUGGACGUCUGGGACCAGGUGGCGGCGCUGUGCGCUGAACUGGACCGGGCCGACCUGAGCCAGGCCAUCCACUCCAUCCGGCAUGAACCCGGACCCGGACCAUGGACAUCGGACCUAGAAGAGCAAUGGCUCAUGGAGCACGUCUUCCUGUGAGACAGGAA